AUGGCUAAGGUUUCGACGAAAAAGAGGAAAAUAAAGACUCCAAAAAAGAGUCGAAGCGUUCCAGAUGUCACCCCAGACGUAAGCUACGAUUACGAAGAUGGCAUCGCCGAGGUUGACGAUACUAUUGCGAGUGAGGCGGAGGAAGACAGUGACGAUGAACGAAAACGGCAAAAACUCGUUGAGGCUAUUAGUUCUCUUGGAGGUACGAAGCGGAAGAAAAAGCUGGGGGAGCGAUCGGAGCCGGCCGUCCAAAAGUCCGAAUUUACCAUCAAUGCAGAAGGUGAGGGCGUCAAAGUAAAUUUAAAGGAUCUCACGAAAUCCUUGCACAAAAUGACAGCUGUCUCAAACAAUACCAAGAAGAUGCUGAAAAUCCUGCAGCAAAAUCAUAAACCUGUCAAAUGCCCCCUUAGCAAGCAGGAAAGUGAGAGGAUCCAGCGUGAUGUGGCCUUUCAGAAAGUGGCAACAGAGGUCACCCAAUGGAAAAGUGUGAUUCAACAGAACGAGCGGGCGGAACAGCUUGUUUUCCCCUUGAAUCAGGAGCCCUCUGGCCCUCGAACUGUGGAGCGAGUCGUCACAUCCUGGAAGGCAAAAACUCCCCUUGAGCAGGAAAUAUUCUCCCUCCUGUCAGCCAACAAGCAACCAAUCAAUGACCCAAUUUUAACCCCUGACGAGGAGGCUUCAAUGAAGGCCAUGAGUCUGAUGGAAGUCAAAAUCCGGCGAGCCGAGCUACAGAAAGCCCGGGCUUUGCAGUCCUACUAUGAGGCCAAAGCCCGACGUGAGAGCAAGAUCAAGAGCAAAAAAUACCACAAAGUGCUCAACAAAGCCAAGCGCAAAGAUUUCCUCAAGCGCUUCGACAAGUUGGUGAAAGAAGACCCAGCUGCUGCUUUGGAGGAGAUGAACAAAAUUGAGUUGGCGAGGAUGCAAGAACGAAUGUCGUUAAAACACCAGAACAGCGGCAAGUGGGCCAAGUCCAAGGCCAUCAUGGCGAAAUACGACGAAGGCGCUCGCAAAGCCAUGCAACAGCAGCUGGAGGUGAACAAAGACUUGACACAGAAACUCUCCGUCGCUUUGGAUGAUGACGACCAGGAAGCGAAAACCACGGAAACGUUGCCCGAUUUUAUAAACGAAGUGCCGCAAGGAGACGAUUCAAAUCCCUGGAUGAGAGGAAAACUCUCCGAAGAGCCAAACGAGACGGGGAAAGAAUCGCAAGACCUCGUCGACUUGAACGCAGGGUCGACUGGAACUACCGCAAUUAUAGAAGAAGAGGAGGAAAGUGACGUCGAGGAAACUGAAGAAGAAUCUCUUCUUCGGGAGUUUGAUAGUCGUCGGAAAAUGCGGCAGGCUCCCGACACUCUUGGAAACGAAGAUGCAGAAAUCAUGAGGGAGUCUGAAGAUCAACUUGUAGUAGGGCAGACGGCCCAAAUGCAAAAUUUGGAGUACAUGGAGCUCCUCAACCAAGUGGAGUCAGUUCAACCCAGCGAAGUUGCCGUUGAACCGCAGCCGCCGUCAGACCGAGCGGCAGUCAAACGCAAAAAAGGGAUACAACUUAAAGACGUUCUUACCAAAGAGGCAAAAAGCAUCCUCGUCCCGCUCGCUCCAACCACUGCCUCCACGGAGGACGCGGACGAAACGCUCGAUCAGGUCGGGCUCAUCCAGGAAGCCUUCGCCGGAGAUGACGUGAUCUCAGAUUUCGUAAAGGAAAAGAAAAAGCAGGAGGCCGCGGACAAGCCCGCCGUGGUGGACUUGACGUUACCCGGUUGGGGGGAGUGGAGCGGCAAGGGUCUCCGGCCCUCUCGCGCCAAACGCAAAAGAUUCCGCGUCCGGCCGAGCCCGACCGCGCCUAGGAAAGAUCAAAACCGGCCAGCUGUCAUCCUCUCGGAGAAGCGCAACAGCUCGCUCAGCCUUCACCAGGUGAACUCGCAGCCCUUUCCGUUCACCAGUCCCGCUCAGUUUGAGAGCACCUUGCGCUCGCCGGUGGGACGUACUUGGAACACAGAACGGACUGUUAAAAAGCUCACCCAACCCAAGGUGCUCACUCAGAUCGGUGCCAUUAUUGAGCCCAUGGCUCGUGAGGAGCUAGUGAAGGACAAGAAAAAGUCUGUCACAGAUGCGAGUGGUGUACCACUUAGCAGGACCAAUUUCUGA